GUGUGUGUGUGUAUGUGUGAGAUCCCUGGCUAUAAUUGGUGCACUGUCAUAAGGGCACUACCCUGCAAAGCAGCUUAAGCAUCAGUCAGAGAAAGAAAAAGACCAAACAGAAGACGGAAUUUGCCUUCCCCUGGCUGCCCUGUCUUUGUAUACGCUGUAAUCAUGGCCAGAAACCUGCUCAAGAAUCCCUGUGGGGAAGAGCAGCUGGAAUUCUGGGAGCUGACUGAGAACGGUGGGAGUCAGUGGAAGGUGGAGGACAUGCCGGGUGACAGUGGCUACGACUUCUGCAACGAAGAAGUAACCAAAUACUUUGCAACCUCCUUUGAGCUGUGUCUGAAGAGACAGGUGAUCGACUUGUUAGCAGAGGGUUACUCCUGUGAGCAACUGGACGCUCAGCCUGCCAUCACAGUGGAAGACUGGUACUGUGGGAGGACGGAUUGUGGCUGCUCCUAUGAAAUUACUGUGUGUCUGCUGGAUGAGAAUCACGAGGUCAUACAAGACUUCAAACCUGAGCUGGUUAACCUUGACCCCGACUGUGACGACUGUUCGUGGAAACAGGUCAGCCAUACAUUUUUCGACUACGACAGCGGAUUGCGUUUCAUCUCCUUUGAACACGGAGGACAAGACACCAAGUUCUGGGACGGUUGGUUUGGAGUCCGGGUCACUGGGAGCUCUGUUACUGUCGAGGAAUAGUGAAAGGAAAAGAGAAACAAGAAGUUAGCAAUACUGAAAGAGAAGUAGGAAGGUGGAGACAGAGGUUUAUAGAGGACCAGCUUAGCCCUGUGCACCCAGUUUACACCUCUGUAUAUCAUGCAUAAAGCUGUUCAUGCUAUGGAACCAGUGCUGCUAAGAAGACCAUAGUUAGAAAGUUUUAAAAAACAAAAAAAUCAUGAUUGUCAGCUUUAUUAACCUUAAAAUAUUAAAAUUACUACUUGCAACAGUCAUUAAUCAUGAUCUACUACCUCUGCACAGUGACUUACCCUGUUGUUAAGCUAAAUUACGUGUUUUGUGCAUGGGGGUGUUGUAAAUGGUUAUCAUUCAACUGAAAUAUUGCCUCUUUCGAUCUAGUGAGAUCUAAUAAACUGAAUGUGAUAAUCCUUCCCCUAUCCCAACAUUGAAUUGUA